UGCGUCGCGUCGAGUGCAGUGAAGGUGAGCUGCGUCACGUCAAAGCUGUAAGUAGAAGCGCUCAGACACGUCGCGUGAGCCGAACAGGACCUGCCUCUGGAAAACUAUUUAACUUACGAGCUACAUAUUGCGCAUUUGCGGGAAUAUCUGACCAAAAAUAAUGGUUUAAAACGAUUCCACUGUUGAACAUGAAGUUUACGAAGCUAAUUCUGUUCUUGGGAAUCGCCUGUCUUGUGCUGAUAAGCGCGGUGUGGUGCUCCGUUUCUGAGAGGAAAGUAUGUCAGGGAACCAAUAAUAAGCUGACUCUGCUGGCACAGCCAGACGAUCACUACAGAGCCAUGGUGCGGAUGUACAGCAACUGCACAGUCGUGCUGGAGAACCUGGAGAUAACCAACGUUCAGGAUUACCAUGACCUCUCCUUCCUCAGAAGCAUUGAAGAGGUCGGUGGCUAUGUGCUAAUAGGAAUAAACUAUGUGGAUGUGAUACCCCUGGAAAACAUGCGCCUCAUUCGAGGACAUUCUCUCUUUGAUGGCAAGUAUGGCCUUGCUGUGGUGGCAAACUUCCACAGGAAUGAGUCUGUAGAGAACAGCAGCACCACCAGCGGCCUCCGAGAGCUGCAUCUGAGAAGCCUCACAGAAAUUCUCAAAGGUGGGGUUAAAAUAGCCCACAACCCUUUGCUUUGCAAUGUGGAGACCAUACAGUGGUUGGACAUUGUGCAGGAUGACAGUGACGUGAAUGUGUUGGGAGGGACUGACCCUCAGUGCAGACGAUGUGACUCAGGGUGCUUUAAUGGAUCGUGUUGGGCUCCAGGACCAGAGAACUGCCAGACCUUUACUCGGUUGAAUUGUGCCGAGCAGUGCUCACGGAGGUGUAAGGGUCCCAAACCCAUUGACUGCUGCAGUGAACAUUGCGCUGCAGGCUGCACUGGACCCCGACCAACAGACUGUCUGUCCUGCAGAGACUUCCAGGAUGAUGGGACGUGCAAGGAUGCAUGUCCACGUCUUAUGCUGUACGACCCCAACACUCACCAACUUGUUCCCAAUCCUAAUGGGAAGUAUAACUUUGGAGCCACCUGUGUGAAGAAAUGCCCUUAUAACUUUGUAGUGACCGAUCACGGUGCCUGCGUUCGAACCUGCAGCAGUAACAUGCAUGAAGUGGAGGAGAACGGAAUAAGGAAGUGCAAACAAUGUGAUGGCUUGUGCCCAAAAGUCUGUAAUGGUCUUGGAACAGGAACGCUUGUUAACACCAUCGCAGUCAACGCGACCAACAUUGACUCAUUUAUCAACUGCACCAAAAUAAAUGGGCACAUUACAAUAAUGCAGAUGACUUUUCAAGGGGAUGUUUUUACAAAUACUCCAAGCAUGGACCCUGCAAAACUCGACUAUUUCAAAACAGUGAAGGAAAUUUCAGGAUUUCUGUUGAUCCAAGACUGGCCUGAACACCUCAAUUCCCUCAGUCCCUUUGAAAACCUGGAGAUCAUCAGAGGAAGAACUAAACAACAUGGCACCGUCAGUUUUGCAGCUUUGAACAUACCGCACCUGGAUCAUCUCGGCCUCCGUUUGCUGAAGGAGAUCAGUGAUGGUGACGUGGUGAUCAAGAACAACCCCCGCCUCUGUUACGUUGAAGGCAGCUACUGGCCGAAGCUGUUCAGAUCAGUGAACCAGCGCAUACGAACUGGAAACAAUGCAGCAAUGCACAGCUGUGAGCAGCAGAACAGUACCUGUGAUAGUAUGUGUGGAGAGGAAGGCUGCUGGGGUCCAGGGCCGUCCAUGUGCGUCUCCUGCCAGCAUGUCAGCCGUAGGGGGCGCUGUGUCAGCCACUGCAACCUGUUGGAUGGAGACUCCCGUGAGUACAUGUCAGAGAAUGUGUGUUUGGAAUGUGACCCUGAAUGCAAGAUCCUGAAUGGGACUCCAAGCUGCCACGGGCCGGGAGCUGAUCAGUGUACUGAGUGUGCUCACUUCAAAGAUGGGACGCACUGUGUGGCACAGUGUGCCCAAGGUGUGCAAGGCCUUAAUAACAGGCUUGUCUGGACGUACCCAGACAAAAAUGGACAGUGUCAGCCAUGCCAUGCUAACUGCACGCAAGGGUGCAGUGGACCAGGACUGGAAAGUUGUGAACCGAAAGGCUCUCACAUGCCUGUAGUGGCAGCUGGCAUUGUAGGAGGGAUGCUGCUGAUUAUGGUCCUCCUCCUUUUCGUCUUCAUCAUCUUCCGCCGAAGACACAUCCGACGAAAGAGGACCUUACGCCGCCUGCUUCAGGAAAGAGAGCUGGUUGAACCGCUGACUCCCAGUGGGGAAGCGCCCAACCAGGCUCUCCUUCGCAUUCUAAAGGAAACAGAACUGAAGAAAAUAAAAGUCCUUGGGUCUGGAGCAUUUGGUACCGUCUUUAAGGGUUUGUGGAUCCCCGAGGGUGAGGAUGUGAAAAUUCCUGUUGCUAUCAAAGUUUUGAGAGAGGUCGCGUCUCCCAAAGCCAACAAAGAGAUCUUAGAUGAGGCCUAUGUGAUGGCCGGUGUGGAUCAUUCUCACGUGUGUCGUCUGUUGGGAAUAUGUCUCACGUCCAACGUCCAACUCAUAACCCAGAUCAUGGCCUUCGGCUGCCUGCUGGAUUAUGUUCGAGAGAAUAAAGACAAUAUCGGCUCGCAGACUCUGUUAAACUGGUGUGUGCAGAUCGCCAAAGGAAUGAACUACUUGGAGGAGCGUCACCUGGUUCAUCGUGAUUUAGCAGCCAGGAAUGUGCUGGUGAAGACUCCUAACCAUGUGAAGAUCACUGACUUUGGCCUGGCCAGACUCCUGGGUGCAGAUGAGAAGGAAUACCACUCUGACGGAGGGAAAGUGCCUAUAAAGUGGAUGGCACUAGAGUCAAUUCGUCACUGGACUUACACUCAUCAAAGUGAUGUUUGGAGUUAUGGGGUCACUGUGUGGGAGCUGAUGACAUUUGGAUCCAAACCGUACGAAGGAAUCCCAGCCAGAGAGAUUGCAGAUAUUCUGGAGAAGGGAGAGCGUUUGCCACAGCCGUCCAUCUGCACUAUAGAUGUCUAUAUGAUCAUGGUCAAAUGCUGGAUGAUUGAUGCUGACAGCAGACCUCACUUUCGCGAACUUGUGGCAGAGUUUUCAAAAAUGGCCCGAGAUCCAUCUCGCUACCUUGUCAUUCAGGGAGAUGAUCACAUGUACCAGCCCAGCCCGACAGAUUCAAAGUUCUACAUGUCAUGGAUCUGCACAGAAGAUAUGGAUGGUGUGGUAGAUGCGGAGGAAUACCUGCUGCCCAACAAACGAUUCUUCAACCAAUCACAACCACCACCAACGCCUCAGUGUCACAAUGCAGCAGACAACUACACGAAUGGUGUGAUGUUACGCUACAUUACAGACCCCACGCUUAAAGACCUCAUGCUGCCAGAGUACAUUAACCAGGAUGUGACCACAACAAGCAAUAUGAUAAACCCAAACUACGAGGGUCCGGCCCGUGGACAGACAGAAAACGGAUAUAUAGACACGUACAGCUGUAAACCCGACGGGCCGGAGUACCUAAACACCUCCUGCACUACUCUCCCCCGCUCCCCCGGUGCCAGCCUCGAUAACCCCGACUACCAGCACAACUUCCUGCCCUCGUCCACCACCGACGUUCUUUUCCUCCCCGCGACGGAGAACUUACACUACCUGGGGCUCAGCACAGCCAUGCAGUCUCACGUACGUUAGAUCAACGGGAUGAAAGCGUGAAUUGCACUGCUUGAACUUCUGGGAGUAUUGCAGCUAGUUUAAGAACAGGGAGGACGUCAGGUCCGGAUAUGCUUGAAGGCGACUGCCACAAUGAACUCGUUCUUAAAGGGGUGUGGUAGACAUGAAGCUGUGAGUAAUGUGUUGAAUGUCAAGCUAGAGCACAUUGCAGUAUUUCUGUGUAAUAUGGCUAAUAGUUGAUGCUUUUGAUGAAUGUUGUUGUCUGAUGUAGCUUAAUUUAUUGAACCAAAACUUAAUCGAGCUGUUAAUACUUCAUAUAGUUAAACUGUCAUCAUUUUUACGCCGAUUUAGUAAUUAACGUCGGGUAGUACAGUAUUUGUAAACCCUGAGUUUACAAGCCAAAUAAGAUAGAUUGGAUUUUGUAACAACUUGUCGGUGAAAAUAGGCAAUUGGAAAAGUCAACAAGAAACACCAAUCGAGUCGCAACCCCCAUUUUACUUCCGCAAUCUACAACGUUCAAAAAGUUUGGGGUUAGUACGUAUUCAUUAUUAUUUAUUAUUAUAAAUGAUUAUUUAUUAAACCUCACACUUGGGACUUUUUCCAAAGUGUUGGAGUUUGUAUCUCAUGAUUCAGAGUUUUUUCUUGCAGUUCCUUUUCUCCUUGUAUUGAUAAUCAGAAAUGUUUCUUGAGCAGUAAAUCAGCAUAUUAGAAUGAUUUCUGAAGGAUCAUGUGACACUGAAGACUGGAGUAAUGAUGCUGAAAAUUCAGCUUUGCAUCACAGGAAUAAAGUACAUUUUAAAACAUAUUCAAAUAGUAAACUAUUAUUUUAAAUUGCAGUAAUAUUUUGCAAUAUUACUGUUUUUAUUGUAUUGUUGAUCAAGUAAAUGCACCCUUGUGAGCAUAAGAGAUUUCAUUUGAAAACAUUAAAAUAAUCUUACCGACCCCAAACCUUUGAACGGUAGUGUAAUUCCAAAUGAAAUGCGAUAUUCAAGAAAUUCAUUUUAUUGUUACAUACCAGACGGGAGAAGGCUGGAAGGAAGGGAGGAAUGUGCAUGGAAUACUCUAUUCAAAUAUUCAAGUGUGAAAAUCUCUCAUUUGUACCGUAAUAACUGCCUGAGUAACAACAGAAAUGUUUGUAAAUAUAACAAUGUGCACUGUGAACAUGUAUGUCAUUAUGUCCACGACAUAAAAUUCACAAACACAAUGUAAAUGUACAUAAAAGCUACCUGCCGUCAUACAAACACUGACCUUUAACCCUGGACUGCACUUAAUGGACCCACUAAUUAAUUUUUCAAGCGAGAGUUCACAUUUGGUUUUAAUAAUUUAACAACUGUUAUAUUAAUUGAAAGAAACACUAUUGGGCUAAAAGGCUUUUUGAUGUUAAAAGACUGUCGUAAUACUUUCUCAUUCUGCUUUAAAUGGCUGAGUUAACAAAUCAGACUGCUUGUUUUCUGUCCCCUGUGACACAUUCACCCAAGUGUGCAAGUGUGCACAAUCUACUUCUAAAUUUCAGGAAAAAAAACAGGCCGUUAUGAUUUUUUUAACUCUACAGGAUCCCAUUAAUAUUGAAUACUUGAGUGUUACUUAAAAAUUUUUGGCCACAUCCACUUCAUUGCCCAAAAAUGCUGAAUAUAUUCACAAAGAAGUCUUAAAAUGUAAGUUUUGACUGUGAAACCUGUUCUACGUCACUGUGAGAUACUGCACAGACCACAUUUAGUAAAUAGUAAAUAUACUUCAUGUAGCACAAUCCUCCUGAGAUUUACUAUAUUACAUACCUGUGAAUGUCACUUUUAGGAUUUGUAGGUUUAAAAUGUGGUUUAAAUUGUUACAUUUGCAGUGUUAUUAAAUUGUGUUGAAAUGUGAAAAAUCUUGUGAUGUGCCAAUUCCAUAAAGGUAUUUUAUGUGUUUAAAAAAAAAACAACAACGACGCACAAUGGACUAUGACAAGGCUAAUUUCCAGAUAUUAUUAACAUCUAGCAAUUUUUUUUUUUAUUAAAAAAAAAAUUGUGUACAUAUAUUAUACUAUACUUGCUUUCUUACCUUGUCGUUAAAUUACUCAAAACUAGUUACGUGUUUCUAAUACACCGGCUGUGGAUAUAAAUGAUAUUGUGGAUUUUUUUUCUUUUGCAAACAGCAAGACAAAAAUAUUUGUUUUAAUUUCCAUUCACCACUAUAGAAACAAUUACCAAACUAUGAUGACUUCUGAAAGCCCCGGAAAUGUGAAAAGGGUCCAUUGCCAGAAAAAGUCUGGUUAGACAGAAAGUACAGUCCGUAAUUUAGGAUACAUUUCUCAUCAGGAAACAAAACUGAAAUUUUAAAAACGAUAUGCUUUCUCAAUAAAAUAACUGUUAGCUUCAGUUGAUAUUUCAUCAAUGUAACUUAUCUGCUAGUUGCCAAGCU